CUACAAAGCUCCACCAUGCCGCUCUAUGCAUGAAAGAUGCACUCUCUCCUUUCUUUAUUUAGUAAGAACUCAGAAUAACUCGAAAUGGCAAGUGACAGAAUGGCCACCGUGGUUGUGGACAAUGGCACCAGAAUGUCCAAAGUGGGAUUUGCGGGAGAAGAUGCCCCCCGAACAGCAUUCCCUACUGUGGUCGGGAGGCCCCGGCAUCUGGGGUCCAUGGGCCAGAAGGACAGCUACGUGGGAGAUGAAGCUCAGAGCAGGAGGGGCAUUCUAACUCUGAAGUACCCCGUUGAACACAGCAUUGUCACCAACUGGGAUGACAUGGAAAAGAUCUGGCACCACAUCUUUCACAAUGAAUUGCGCAUCAACCCAGAGGAACACCCAGUCUUGCUUACUGAACCACCUCUGAAUCCCAAAGCCAACAGAGAGAAGAUAACGCAGAUCAUGUUUGAGACUUUUAACACGCCAGCUUUGUACGUGGCCAUGCAGCCAGUGCUAUCCCUGUAUGCCUCUGGCCGUCUGACUGGAAUUGUUAUGGAGUCUGGAGAUGGGUUCAUCUACCCCGUGCCCAUCUCUGAGGGUUAUGCCUUGUACCAUGCUAUCCUACGUAUCCAGUUUUCUGGCUGUGACCUGACAAACUUUCUUGUGAGGAUGCUGAAUGAGAGAGGCUACAGUUUCACCACCACAGCUGAGAGGGAGAUUGUGCGAGAUAUCAAAGAGAAGCUCUGCUAUGUUGCCCUGGACUUUGAGCAGGAGAUGGCCACAGCUGCCUCAUCAUCCUCUUUGGAGAAGAGCUAUGAGCUGCCCGAUGGCCGGGUGAUCACCAUUGGCAAUGAGCGGUUCAGGUGUCCCGAGGCCCUCUUCCAGCCCGCCUUCCUAGGCAUGGAGUCCUGUGGCAUCCACGAGACAGCAUUCAACUCCAUCAUGAAGUGUGACGUGGACUUACGAAAGAUCUUGUAUGCCAACACGGUGCUGUCAGGAGGUCCCACCAUGUACCCUGGCAUCGCUGACAGAAUGCAGAAGGAGAUCACUGCCUUGGCCCCCAGCACUAUGAAGAUCAAGAUCAUUGCCCCACCGGAGCGCAAAUAUUCUGCCUGGAUUGGUGGCUCCAUUUUGGCAUCUCUCUCCACCUUCCAGAAGAUGUUGAUCAGCAAGCAAGAGUAUGAUGAGUCUGGCCCCUCAAUUGUCCAUCGUAAAUGCUCCUCUGUUCGUAGUUAGAAAUGAAGGCCACGCCAA